AUGGAUAAAAAUCAUUUAACAACUAAAAUUAAUACUACUAAUAAUAUCAAGCGUUCAUGGUCAUCAAUAACUAUCACAAUACCAAAUAAUACAUGUUUAUAUGAAAGCAAUCGUGUUUUAAAUGAACGUUCAUCAAAAAAUAUUCUAUCAGAUUUAUCAUCAUCGUGUAAUCUUGAAGAAACAAAUGAAAAUGAAUUAUUAUUUCCUGGUUUUGUUGAAAAAGUUUUCUAUUGUCUUAAACAAACAACAUCACCUCGUUAUCAAUGUUUACAAUUGAUAACAUGGCCAUGGUUUGAACGUAUAAGUAUGUUUGUUAUUUUACUUAAUUGUAUUACACUUGGAAUGUAUCAACCAUGUGAACAUCAUUCGGAUGUAUCAGGUUCAAAAAUCUGUGACACAACACGUUGUCUUUGGUUACAAGCAAUUGAUCAUUUUAUUUUUGCAUUUUUUACCAUUGAAAUGUGUGUUAAAAUGAUAGCUAUGGGUAUAUUCGGUAAAGGAACUUAUUUAGCUGAUGCAUGGAAUAAAUUGGAUUGUUUUAUUGUUGUUUCUGGGCUAAUAGAAUCCAUUAUGCCAGGUGACAAUUUAAGUUUAUCAGCUAUACGUACAAUACGAGUUCUUCGUCCAUUACGUGCCAUUAAUCGUGUACCAUCCAUGCGUAUCCUUGUCAUGUUAUUACUUGAUACAUUUCCAAUGCUUGGAAAUGUUUUACUUCUUUGUUUUUUUGUCUUCUUUGUAUUUGGUAUUGUUGGUGUACAAUUAUGGAAAGGUUUAUUACGUAAUCGUUGUUUUCUGCAAUUGAAUACAACAAAUAUUUCUGAUUAUGCAUUAUUUGAGGAUUUUCAAUUACCAGCUUUUUAUAUUCCACAUGACAAAGAUUCAUUUAUUUGUUCACAUCCUCAAUCAAAUGGAAUGACAAAAUGUUCAGAUAUACCUAAAUUACGAAUAGGAAAUAUGACAUGUGAACUUGAUUUGCAUACAUUUAGUGAACAAUUAUCAAAGAAUCCAAAUAAACCAAUAAAUGGUUGUGUUAAUUGGAAUCAAUAUUAUACAUUUUGCAAUGUUUCCGAUACAAAUCCAUAUUCAGACUCAAUUAGUUUUGAUAAUGUUGGUUUAGCAUGGAUUGCAAUAUUUCAGAUAAUUAGUCAAGAAAGUUGGGUUAAUAUAAUGUAUUAUAUUCAAGAUGUUCAUUCAUUUUGGGUUUGGAUUUAUUUUGUAUGUCUUAUUCUUGUUGGUUCAUUUUUUUUGAUUAAUCUAUGUCUUGUUGUUAUUGCAACACAAUUUAGCGAAACAAAAAAACGUGAAACAGAACGAAUGUUAAAUGAACAAAAACGUUUUAAACAUUCAUCAAGUACAUUAUUAAUUGAUGAACAUAAUUCUUGUUGGGCAGAUACAAUUACAUAUCUUGAAUAUUUAUGGAAAUAUGCAUAUAAAAGAAUUCAUAGUUCAUGGAUAAAUUAUCGACAAAAACAUGCAAGUGUCAAUAAAAAACGUUUAAUUGAGAUAAAAAAACAUCGUCACAAAGAAACUGUAAAUAAUAGCCAAGCAACUAUUGACAUUCAUUACAAUAGAAAUUCAAUCGUGAAUUCAUGUUCAUUUCCAAGUUUUGAUAUUAUUCAUCGACCUUAUUGUCAAUAUCAUCAACUAACAGAUAAUUUAUCUAUUGGAACACCUUCAUCUUUAUGUCCAUCGAUUGCUGAUGCAUCAAUAGCUACUCCUGAACAAUCGGAUAUUAUCGAUUCAAUAGAUAUAGAAAAUGCUGCUAUAGAAAUGCAAACAAUUCCAUCAAUGGUUUGUCAUUAUCAACCAUUAAAAUCUGACUAUUUAGAUCUUGAAACCAUAGAUAAAAAUCCAUGCGAUUGUUAUUAUCAAAAUCUAAUACCUGAUAAAUUAAACAUCAAUAAUGAAGUCGAACAAGAAGAUGAUGACGAAGAAAAAAAUAAAAUAAAAAAAAAAUCUAAAAUAUAUCAAUUUUGUAAUGAAUGUAUUUGGCCUUAUUUUCUUAAUUGUCAAAAACAUAUAGCAAAUUUUGUUGCAAGUAAAUAUUAUAGUCAUAUUGUUUUAUCAGCUAUUCUUAUGAAUACAUUAUUAAUGGGUGUUGAAUAUCAUGGACAACCUCAAUCAUUAACAAAUGCAUUAGAAUUUUGUAAUUUAGCAUUUGCAUUAUUAUAUAUUAUUGAAAUGAUGUUAAAAAUAAUUGCUGAUGGAUAUUUACAAUAUAUUAAAAAUAUUUAUAAUUUAUUUGAUAGUGCAAUUGUUAUUAUCAGUAUUAUUGAAUUACAAGGACAUAUGAAUAGUGGUUUAUCUGUUUUACGUACAUUUAGAUUAUUACGUGUACUUAAACUCGUCAGAUUUAUGCCAACAUUAAGACAACAAUUAGUUUUAACUCAAGAAGAUUGGCAUGGAGUACUUUAUAAUGGAAUGAAAAAUACAAAUGCAUGGGCAGCAUUAUAUUUUAUAGUAUUAAUGACAUUUGGAAAUUAUGUUUUAUUUAACUUACUUGUUGCCAUUCUCGUUGAAGGAUUUUCGACAGAUAAAGAAUCUGGUACUUCCAAUAUCGAAAAUAUGACAAAUCGAUUAGAAAAAAUUGAUCCAUUUACAACACAAGCACUUCUUACAGGAGAUGUUGAACAACUACCACAUCCACAUGAAUUAAUAAUCGAUGAAUCAUCACAUCAUAAACAUAAAGUUAAAAUAAUGAGUAUACCAAAGAUUGCCACAAGUAAUCAACAUGAUUCUAGUGAAUGUUUUGCUGAAAAUUGUUUAAAAGCAAAUAAAAAUUUCUCGUCAUCAACUACAUUAAGUUUUCAUACAUGUAUUCAAUCAAUAAGAAAUGAAUCUUCGAAAGUAUCUUUAUCAUUUCAACGAAGAUGUACUAUUUCUUCAAUAAAAAAUAAUUCUACUAAUAGUGUACAAAAAAUUCAAGAUAAUUUAUGUGAAAAUAAUUCAUUGACAUUAAUUUAUGAUGAUAAUCAUCGAAUACAUAAUAAUGACAAAAGACAAUGUUUAUUAAAUCCUAUACGACGAACAAAUUCUUAUCAAUCAUCAUUAACAAAAUCUUUUAUUAUUCAAGAUGAUACAUUUAUUGAACAAGAAAUAAAUAAUUUAAAUAUGAUUAUUAAACGGCGAUCAACAAAUAAUAAUUUUACUUAUCCAAUGAAUCAAAUAGAAACAUCAAGUACACAUGAAAUAUCAAAACAUGAUUGUAGUCCGUAUUUAAAUAAUUCUAUUGAUGAAGAUUCGAAUAUAACAACAAUAAUUAAUAAUCAAUAUGAUAUCCGAAACGAUACAACACAAAAUGAAAAUCAAUCACAACAGAGAGUCUAUCAAAUAUAUUCAAUUCAUUCAUGUGCAAAUCGAUUAUGUAAAUAUUUUCAAAAACGUAAAAAUUAUUCACUAUAUAUUUUUUCACCUGAAAAUCGAGUUCGUCAAAAAUUAAAAUGUUUAGUUAUAAAAAGAUCAUUUGAUCAUUUAACUCUAUUUUUUAUUGCUCUUAAUUGUAUAACACUUACCAUGGAACGUCCAUCACUUUCAGCAACAAGUUUUGAACGACAUUUCUUAAAUAUAACAAAUAUUAUUUUUACAAUACUAUUUACAAUUGAAAUGAUGACAAAAGUUAUUGCUCAUGGACUUAUAUGUGGAUCAGAUACUUAUUUACAUAAUAGGUGGAAUAUUAUGGAUGGUUUACUAGUUAUAAUAUCAAUUGUUGAUCUUGCUACAAUGUCUCGUGGUACAGUAAUACCAUCAAAUCAUGAAUCAGAAGGAGCAACACGUAUAUUUAGUAUGCUAAGAGUUUUUCGUCUAUUAAGAACAUUGCGACCAUUGAGAGUUAUCAAUCGAGCACCUGGUCUUAAACUUGUUUUACAAACAUUAAUUUCAUCAUUAAGACCUAUUGGUCAUAUUGUUAUUAUCUGUUGCACAUUUUUUAUUAUUUUUGGUAUUCUUGGAAUUCAGUUAUUCAAAGGCAAAUUUUAUUAUUGUGAAGGUCCAUUUGCUCAUAAUGUAACAACACGACAACAAUGUGAAGAAAUGGCUGAUCAUCAUUGGAAAAAUCAACAAUAUAAUUUUGAUAAUUUAGGCCAAGCAUUAUUAUGUUUAUUUGUUUUAUCAUCACGAGAUGGUUGGGUACAAAUGAUGUAUAAUGGUAUUGAUGCUGUUGAUGUUGAUAUGCAACCAAUAAGAAAUUAUAAUACAGCAAGAUUACUUUAUUUUAUUUCAUUUUUAUUACUUGUUGGCUUUUUUGUAUUAAAUAUGUUUGUUGGGGUUGUUGUUGAAAAUUUUCACAAAUGUCGUGCUGAACAAGAACGUGAAGAAAAAGAAACAUAUAAAGCUAAAUGUGCACUAGAACUUGAACGUAGACGACGUCGUAGACAUGAAUUACCGUAUUAUGCACAUUUUUCACCAUGGAGAAGACGUUUACAUCAUAUAUGUAAUAGUAAAUAUUUUGAUUUAAUUAUUGCUGCCAUUAUAGCUCUUAAUGUUCUUACAAUGUCAUUAGAAUUCUAUUUAAUGCCACCGGCUCUUGAUAUGGCUCUUGAUUAUUGUAAUUAUAUAUUUACAAUUGUAUUUUUAAUUGAAGCAAUAUUAAAGAUUAUUGCUCUAGGACCAUUAAAAUAUUUUAAAGACAAAUGGAAUCAAAUUGAUAUUAUAAUUGUUAUUUUAUCAAUAGCUGGUAUUAUUGUAGAAAAAAUGAAAAAUGGACAUAUACUUCCAAUUAAUCCAACUAUUAUACGUGUUAUGAGAGUAUUAAGAAUCGCACGAGUAUUGAAAUUAUUAAAAAUGGCAAAAGGUAUAAGAGCUUUAUUAAAUACUGUUAUACAAGCUCUUCCACAAAGUCUUUUAUUUUUUCUUCUUUUCUUUAUUUAUGCUGCACUUGGUGUUGAAUUAUUUGGAAAAUUAGAAUGUACAGAUGAACAACCAUGUUAUGGACUUAAUAAACAUGCACAUUUUAAAAAUUUUGGUAUGUCAUUUUUAACAUUAUUUCGUAUUGCAACUGGUGAUAAUUGGAAUGGUAUUAUGAAAGAUGCAUUACGUCCAGAUCAUCCAACACAUAAUGGAAAAAAUCAUUUCAUGUCUGUAAUAGCACCGAUUUAUUUUGUUACUUUUGUUCUUAUGGCACAAUUUGUUCUUGUUAAUGUUGUUGUUGCUGUAUUAAUGAAAAAACUUGAUGAAUCAAAUCGAAUGAUGGCUGAUGAUGCAGAUAUUGAUGAAGAAAUCGAUCGAGAAUUAGAAGCUGUUGCACAUGACCGAGAGUAUUUUGAAAAAUCAUCACUUGAUCAGCAAGAACUGGAAUUUCUAAAUAAUAAUGAUACUCAUUACUUUUCAUUAAAAAAACGAUUCUCUUUACCAGCAAAUUUUAUAUUUAAUUCAAUGAUGACAAUGGAAAAACGUUCAGAAAAAGAUUAG